ACAAUUAAAAACAUCAAUGUUCGAGUCUGGAUUGAGUAGAUAUUUUCAAUAUAUUAAUUAUGUCACAACGUUCACGAGUCAUACAAUUAUAUAAAACACUUCAGUAUCUUGGACGCGAAUAUCCUGUAAGCCCUGAAAAGUUUCGAGUCACAUGCAAAAAGACUUUUAAAAAUAACUCAAAGGAAACAUCGCCAGAAAAGAUUGCAGAAAUGAUUGCUAAAGGUGAAUAUGUCGUUAAAGAAAUCGAGAGUUUAUAUGCUUUGAAAAAAUACCGUGCAAUGUUGAAACGAUAUUAUGAUUAGUGGUUGUAUACAUAUGUCAUAAAAACUUUUCAUUAAAAUUUUUUAGAUAUUCAUCUUAGAGAAUAUUAAGUAGGUAUAUCUAAAUAAAAAGUUUUAAUUCACCUGAAAUGUAAAAAAACUGAGAAGACUAUUUUUGUUGAUUAACAUUUAAUAAAUAAACAAUCUU